AACAUAUCAAAGUUUCAUGUACUUGAGAAAUCCCUGAAAUGUAUAAACCCCUACCCUUUUUCGUCACAUUAUUGUCAUACUCGAUCGAUUUUUGCUAAUUCAUAACGAUAUAACACUCUAUAUAUAUCAUAUGUAGUCAACAAUGAUCGUUUUAGCGUAAUCAAGUCAAUGCAUUUACUAUGAAAUUGUAUAUUCUUAUUUUGCUGCUAGUGAGGUCAACUUUUGCUGAAAAAUACGAUCCAUGUUGCUCCUUUCCUUGUCAAAAUUUCGGGAUUUGCAAUAGGAUUGGAUUCACUGACCAAUAUCACUGUGAUUGUUAUGGAACGGGAUAUUAUGGAGACAAUUGUCAAACUCCCUACAUCAGCACUUGGAUUGGAGACACCAUCAAACCUUCACCUGCUCUUGUGAGAUGGCUAACAACACACGGGAAAUUAUUCUGGAAUUUGAUUAACAAAGUAGAAUUCUUACACGAUUUUCUUCUUAAAAUUAUAAUCAUAUUAAAAAGCGACCAACCACCCUGGCCUGAAUCGACUAGUUUAGGCGCAGAUUUUCCCACAUAUGAAGGAUAUGCAAACAAGACAUUUUAUGGAAGAACUCUGCCACCAGUUCCGAAAGAUUGUCCAACACCUAUGGGAGUCGCAGGUCCUGAAGUUUUCCCUGGAGUAAUGGAGACUUUACAGAAAAUUUUCACCAGAACAAAAUUCAAACCUUGUCCGAUGGGAACCUCUGUACUUCUUCCUCUUUACGCACAACAUUUUACUCAUCAAUCGUUCAAAUCAUAUCAAGACGAUCCCAAAUUGACGUGGGGAAGUCACGAGAUGGAUUUAUCUCAUUUGUACGGUGAAACAAAGGAAAAACAAUUAUUGUUGAGAACUUUGGAAGGCGGUAAGAUGAAAAUGCAAAAAAUUAAUGGAGAGACUUAUCCGCCAAAGUUAAAAGAUUGCCCUGGAUUGAACAUGUGGUAUCCAGCCGAAAUUACCGAUGAUCACAAGUUUGGACUUGGGCAUCCGUUCUUUGGCUCAUUCCCUUCUCUAUUAUAUUUCAACACAUUAUGGUUGCGAGAGCACAAUAGAGUAUGCGACAUUCUAGCACAGGAGUAUCCAAACUGGGACGAUGAAAGAAUUUUUCAAACAGCAAGGCACAAUAUCCAUGCUCAAACGAUGGUCGUAACUAUCGGAGACUACGCACAACAGAUAUCGGCCACUCAUUUGAAGUUAGACUACAAGCCAGAACUGAUCCAUGGCUCAACAAUGGCUUGGUCUAGCGGACGAAUACAUGUCGAAUUUAACAGUAUGUACCAUUGGCACGGCACUGUUCCAGAUGUAUUCAACAUCGGAGGUAAAAAUUACACUCUGCCGGAUAUGAUGUACAACACGAAAUCUCUCACUCAAGUCGGAAUGGCAACAUUCACAACUUCACUAUCUAAUCAACCGAUGGGACAAGCGUCUGGCGGGAACAUCGUGCCUGCAUUUCUGAUUAAAGCCAUCGCGAGAGCAUUAGAAUUAAACCGCGAAGUUCGACUGCAAUCAUAUAAUAGAUACAGACAAUAUUUCAGAUUACCACGGAUCAACACAUUUGAAGAGCUUACAGGGGAUGCCCAAACAGCAAAUAUAUUAAAAGAAAUCUAUGCAAAUGAUAUCGAUGCCGUUGAAUUUCUUAUCGGAAUGAUCGUUGAACAAAGGCAUCCCACAGCGAUAGCAGGAAUUGGUCUCAUUGAAAUUAUCGGACAAUAUGCUUUUCGCAAUGUAUUUUCCAAUACCAUUGGCUCCCCGCAAUUCUGGAGAGAAUCGACUUUUGGGGGGGAAAAAAUGUUUAAAAUGGCAAAAUCUACCACAUUGCAAAAACUUGUCUGUCGAAAUAUAAAAGAAUGUCCAAGGAUUAGUUUUAAGGUAAGCGAUAAGAAGAGCACACAACAAAAUCAUGAAAUGAACUACGCCGAAUUGAAAGACGUCGAUAUAUUGUCGAAAAAGGAAUUGUGAAUAUAUUCGUUGUCUUAUUGAUUUUACAUUAAUAAUUAUACUUCAAAAAUUUGAUGGCAAUUUUUAUGCAACAAAUCAAAUUAUAUUGUUUUUCA